AUGAGAAACUUCAAGGAAGCAGUUGAAGCAUAUGAGUUGUUUGAAGCAAGAGGUUUGGAGAAUGAAACUACCGGGUGGGGGAGCAGAGAAUCUGGCAUCAUUAAGGAAAAUCUUGAUAGAUUCCUAAUUAAUGAGGAAUGGUUUUUGCUCUACCCAAACCAUGUGGCUUUCAGUCUUGGUUUUGGGGGAUCUGACUAUGCUCCAAUUAUCACUUGUCACAAUAAAAAGAGAGUGACCAGGAGCCCUAGAAGGAGAAUUCGCUUCGAGGAAUUAUGGACUAUCAGCGAGGACUUCCAAAACAUAGUUAAGGAAGAAUGGCAAAAGGUUCCUCUUCAAGGCAGUACUCAACUCCUUCCUCAAAUUCUGAAGAGUUGUGCAAAAACUUUUUAA